GUGCAUUCUGGUACGUGCGCUGCGAAUCACCCCGCAGGACCCCAUCAACAUCCAUCUCUCCUCUCGCGAAUCGCGCUACCAUCUCCAGCUCGGCUCAGGGAGAGAGAGAGAGAGAGAGAGAGAGAGAGGAUGCAGCCCCUGAUUGGAGCCUCUGCUAUCGACCCAAGCAACAACAACAGCAACAACAACAACGUCACCACUACAGAUUUCAUCCAACAGCUUGCAUUUGCAAAGAGGAUCUUCUACUCUUCUGAUGAAACGGAAGAGAAUUAUGCAAUGGGUGAGCAGCUUGCAAUCGAACAUGUUGAGCCUCCUGCGAUUGUGAAUGAGAAUGCAAUAGUGGAGAUACCUCCUGCUACGGUGCUUGCUGUAAAUGACGAAGAUCUGAAUUUAGAGCCCUCUGUGGGUAUGGAGUUUGGAUCUGAAGAGGCGGUUUAUCAAUUCUACAAUCAAUAUGCCAGGCGUAUUGGGUUUGGUAUCACGAGACUAUCAAUCCGCCGUUCACGUACGAACCGGUCCAAAAUUGCUGGGCAUUAUGCAUGCACGAAACAUGGCCUUAAGUCUAAAAGAAGGAAAACCGAGAACCCGCAGCCGCCUCCGGUGGCGGGUUGCAAAGCAAUGAUAAAGGCGAAGAAGAAAGGGUUUGCAAAAUGGGUGUUGACAGAAGUUUUGACGGGGCAUAAUCAUGAACUCCGUCCUGGGGAACCGGAAUUUUUCCGGUCGCACAGGGAGCCCGGGAAACCUCUAAAGAGUGCUUCCAAAAGUUCACGUGGUUCAGGGAUGAGAAGGAACAGGUAUGCUGCUGAUGGGGGUGAUGGUUUAAGCAUCAUGGGAGCAGAUGAACGGCGGAAGCACCUUGCGGGAGGAGAUGCAGAAGCUAUUCUCGUUCAUUUCACACGUAUGAAUGCUGUGAAUCCUGCAUUCUUCUAUGCAGUGGAAGUAGAUGGGGCACAACAUAUGGGAAACGUUUUAUGGGCUGAUGCCAGGUCUAAAACGGCGUAUACGUACUUCGGCGAUGUGGUUACGUUUGACACUACGUAUGUGACACACAAAUACAACGUCCCGGUUGCCCCGUUUGUUGGAGUGAACCACCAUGGGCAGUUAGUGUUGCUUGGUUGUGCGCUUAUUGCAAAUGAAACGAAAGAGUCUUAUGUCUGGUUGUUCAGAACAUGGCUUGAGGCGAUGUCUGGACAGCCUCCAAAGGCAAUAAUUACCAAUGAAGAUAAGGCCAUAAAAGCUGCAAUAAUGGAGGUGUUUCCAGAAACUCGCCACCGUCUUUGCCUGUGGCAUAUCCUAGAAAAGGUUCCAGAGAAACUGGAUCAAGUAUGUAGAGCUAACCCAGCAUUUACUGAUAGAUUACAUGAUUGCGUAUAUGACUCCUUGACAAUCGACGAGUUUGAAAUGAAAUGGAGUGAACUGAUCAAAGAUUUCAAUCUUGGGGAACACCCAUGGCUUCAGACACUGUAUGAGGAUAAGCAGCUUUGGGUUCCGGUGUUCUUGAAGGACGUAUUUUUUGCCGGUAUGUCUACUUCCCAACGUGGCGAAAGGGUCAACCCUUUUUUUGAUAAGUAUGUGAAUGUAAGAACCACGUUGAAAGAGUUUAUCGAUCGGUAUGAGUCGACAAUAGAGAGCUGGUACGAGAAGGAAGCCAAAGAAGAUUUUGAAACAUUUCACAAAACGCCCUCGUUGAGUACACCAUCACCUUUCGAACGACAAGCAGCAGCUGUCUACACUAGAGAAAUAUUCAAGAGGUUCCAAGCUGAGGUUCUUGGGAUGUCUGCUUCAUAUGCAAACAUUGUGCAGCAACAAGGGACACUCAUAACAUACGUAGUGAAAGAAUGGGAAGAUUUCGAGAAGUUAAAGGGGAAGGAAUACAAGGUUUUGUGGAAUGCGUAUGAGGUGAGUAUUUCAUGCAUUUGUCGUUUGUUUGAGUUCAGAGGUUUUCUUUGUAGGCAUGCACUAGUUGUCCUCAUGGCAUCGGGUGUACCAACAAUCCCAUCACAAUACAUUUUGAAGCGAUGGACAAAGGAAAUGAGGAAUAGGCAUGUGAUGGAUGACUGCCAUAUCGAACCGACAUUUGGUGUUCACCACCCUAAAAGUAUGCGUGAGCGUUAUAAUGAUAUAUGCCAGCGAUUCAUGCAAUUCGCACAGCAAGGCUCAUUAUCAGAAGAGAUGUACAACACUGCAUCACAAGAACUACAGAAGGCGAUGAAACAACUUGCAAUUACGAAGAAGUCUAUUGGGAUGGUAAGAAAUGCACCGCCGAGAAUUAAUCCGCGCCCUUCGAUACCUACCAACCAAUAUGGCCACCAAGACAGUGAGACCAAUACUUGGAGGUUUGGCUUAGGUUUGACUGAUCGACGGUGAAAGCGCUUUACAGGAAGCCUUGAUUUUGGAUGAAGUGUGGUCCAUGCUUUGUUUGUCCAAAACCAAACUGGAUUACAGGGAAGCCAACAUGGACAUAGCCAGCUGUCAAUCUGCUGCUUGUAUGUGGAAUUUCAAUGGUAGGAGAUUAAGGUAAGCUGAAUUUGUAUCAAAUAUUCCCAACUGUAGUGCAGAUACACUAUGAAGUACCUGUAUUUUAGUUUUUCAGGAAUGCUACUAUAAAAAAUGUAGCAAAUCAUUUCUUUAUAUACGCAUGGUACUUGCGUACGGUGACAAGGACUAUUGCCUUGGUGGGCCACCACGUGGAUGGGCCACAUGCCAAAAAUCGAGUGGGUUGGACUGUGGUGGCCACUCGAAGCAGUGCAAAGGUCCACAUUCAGAGGGAUGAAACACGACAGCUGGAUGGUCAAAGUUGUCCAUCACUGUGACCAACCAGAUCAACAGUCCACAUCACCAUGUUAGCCAUGUGUAUGGUGAAGAUGUAUAGUAUAUAACUCUUCUAAGAUAUGGUCAAAUCCAGGGAUCUUUGGUU